UCAAAGUACAACCGGAAGUAACGUUGCGGGAAAUUCGUCUGCUGCAGCAUUUGCUGCAGUAUCUACGGUUGUGCAGCGCGGGAGGCCUGAGGUUGUACUUUUUUUCAAAUAAAUAUAUUCUGUUUUUUGUGCUCCAUUUUCCGUAAUGUCGUCGCCUUGUGAAGCAAACACAAGCCGAACCCCAGCUACAGGGACCAAAAGGCGCUAUUUGGGAUCAGCUAGACGAAAAAGAGUCUAUGAAAUUUUCAUGCUUUCGCCAGGAAUUUGCUCAAAACAACAGGAAAACCACGUGCAAGUUUGCAGUGACGAAAAUCCUAGUGUUACAGAAGAGGAACCCAACAUUCCAAGAGAAAGUGAACAUGGCGAGACCGCCAGCGCAAGAAAAAGAACCCACGAGCAACCAGAGCCGGACUCCAUUCACACGCCUGCUCACAAAGCUCAAACGUGCCAAAGAAGUAGAUUAUUUAAACGACAUCGAAGUCAUGAAAGUGAAAAGCCGGUACAGGCUGAUGUUGUUGAUGCGAAUGUUGGAAUGGGCAUGACGUCAUCAUCUUCAUCAACAAAUCUACUUUCAACACCUGUUCAUAGACUUCAACCAAGGAACAUGCACUCUGGCAGACAUUCAGCGAGGAAACGCCCAAGAAAUGACGAUUUUAAAUCACCAGUGAGAAAUCAAGUGGAAUCAGCCACAGAAACACAGCCACUAGAAACAGUGGAGAGUUUGACAAAAGGAGUUGAACAGUUGCAGCAAACCGCAAAUGAACUACAAGUGGAAAUUGUUGCCCUAACGAAUGAAGGCUACCGUGAAGAGGAGCUGCAGACCCACAUUGAGAAGAUGCAUGAAUACAAUGAGCUGAAAGACACUGGGCAGAUGCUCCUGGGCAAGAUAGCAUUGGUCAAAGGUGUGACAACCAAAGAUCUCUACGAGCAGUUCAGUCUUGAUCUCAGUGACUGAUCCAGGAGCAGCUCACGGAAAAGUUAUGUACUCGCCUCCAGGUGUGGGAGCCUUGUUGCCGGCAGCUGACGCUUGCUUCAACUCUUCCUCCAUGUCCUUCUCCCGGGAGUGUUUGAG